AUGAGUGCCUAUAUUUGCACUGUUCUUUCUUUNGAUUCUUCCAUUAAAGAGAAACUAAACAGUGUGAAGGACACAUCUGCAGAAGUGAAGCAAUUGGAAGAUCAAGCUGCUGCAAUUAUGAGAGCUGCAAGAGCUGAAAUAUCAGCAGCAUUGAAUAAAAUGAAGAAAGAGACUCAACUAGAAGUUGAACAAAAGAUUGCAGAAGGGAGAAAGAAAGUUGAGGCUGAGUUACAAGAAGCUUUGGCUAGCUUGGAUAAGCAAAAGGAGGAGACUAUUAAGAGUCUUGAUUCUCAGAUUGCUGCUCUUAGUGAUGAGAUUGUCAAAAAAGUCCUUCCUGUUCAGUAACUAAUUCUGAAAGUUGUAGUAGUAUAAUUUUUUUUUUUUAAUUACUGUUUGAUCAAAGAAAUAUAAAUGUGAUAUACUUGGUCCUUUUAUAUGGUGAAUCUCAUGUAGUGCACAUCAUCUUUUACUC